GCGAGCCCCUUGUGGCGGCCCCUUGCCAGUCUAUGGGGCCCACUACGCCCCUGCCCACUAUGGGCACGCCCCAAUCGUCAAGACAGUUUCAUCAGUGGCAGUUGCCCAUACACCGGUCGCCCAUUCUUACUCAAACACCUACAAAGUGUCGCACCCUGUGUUGAAGGUGCCCUACCACCAUGCACCUAUCGUCAAGUACUCUGCACCCAUCAUUAAGACCUAUGCAGCACCUUACUACUCUGCCCAUGGACUUUAUGACUACCCAUAUGGGUAUGGACAUGGGUACGGUCAUGGGUAUGAUUAUCCACUCUUGUACUCGAAAUAUCUUCAUUGAUAAAGUCUUCUCCAUAUAUUGAAUAGAAUACUUGAAAUCCCAAUUUGUCUUCUUAAAUUGAACAAAAUACUCUAAAUAGACAGUGCACCCAAAAUUUAGCCCAUAUACUUUAUGAUUAUCCAGAUGGGAAAAAUGAACAUGGGCAUGUUGUACUCGAAAUAUCUCCAUUGAUAGAGUCUUCUCCGUAAGUUGAAUAGAAUACUUGAAAUGCUAGUUUGUUUUCUUAAGUUGAACAAA